AUGGACCAAGAACCUGAUUCCCCAGAUUUAUUACCAAGAGAACCUUCAAAAUCAGUUUUUGAAAAUUUGCCAGUCCAGUCAUAUUAUGGAAUGAAACCAGAUCAAAGAGAUGAGAUCAUAUUUUCAUCUGAAAGAAAUGGAUUGAUUAAAGAUAUUGAACUGUUGUAUUCAACUAAAAGCUUCAAAAUUAUUUCUAAUGUCUAUAUGAUUGCAUUGAUUGGUGAAUAUUGUCUUAUUUUCAUUACUUUACCUUUUGAAACUGUCAAUGGAAGACCAAGUUCUGCUAUUGUUCCAAAUAAAUGGUCUUAUCUGGCUAAUAUCUGGUCGGUUAUCAUCCAACUCAUUGCAAUGAUUCUUACAAUUAUAACGUUUGUUCUGCUAAAGGCUUCAAAAGAUAUGUUUAUAAUUUCUCAGUCUGGUGAUGUUAUUUCUGUUAUUGAUAUGACUGAUUUUUUAAUCUGGGUUUCAUUAGCUUGUGUUAUCAUCACUUGUAUUUCAUUGUAUGUUUUUGAUACCAAACUUUCAUAUUAA